GUCAUUGGCUGUGACUCAGCCCUCCAAAGUGAACACCAUCAGUCACAGGGAUUCUUAUUAAAUCCUUGUCACUGAUAAUGAAAAGCCAGUCAGUCACACUAGGUUCCCAGCUCAGAUUCAGCAAACCACCUCCCAAUGCUGCCACUCAAAAAAAAAUCUCAGCGCUUGCUUUGCCAUGCUGUCCCCCUGCCCCCUCCUCCCUCCCCUUCUGCCUAUACCUCCUGGUGCCCUUGAAGCCCCCUAGCCAGGGCCCCGUGGAGGCACUUGCGCCAGCCCUGGCCAUGCCCCUGUUAGACAGGCUGUCUGAGUGUGACGACCCCCUGCAGUACCUGGAGCCUGACCUGGCUGAGACCAACCCCACAGCAUUCGCCCAAAAACUGCAGGAGGAGCUGGUGCUUGCUGCCCUGAGGAUAGAGGCUCUGCAGGUAGCCAAAAACAUCUCUCAGUGCCCCUCCCUCUCCACUGUAACCCCCCAGGUACUGCGCUGAGUCAGCCUGCACCUGCUGUAUGCAAGUGUGUGUGUGGGUGAACAAGUGUGUUUGCAAGAGCAAAAGAUGCAUCUUGAAUGAGGGAUUAGCGAAACGCAGGUGUGUGUGAAAUGCACAUGUGCGUGACUGUGUGUGCGUGUGUGUGUGUGUGUGUGUGUGUG